AUGCAAAAUUCUGUUGUUGGCUUACCGAGGUUUGAACGUCGAUUGACAGGUCCUCGGGCUGCCCCAGGUACUACGUCUUCUGAUAACUCUCCGUCAUUAUCUAGGAUGUCUAUUUCUGGUCGUCCCUCUGUUGGAAGCGAAUGCGCUAAGAAGCAGUCGGAAAUUCCUGUAGAUACUCAGAGUAUUCUAUUUACAAAUAAACCGACGAGCUCUAUAUCUACUACGCCUCAAUUGGAUCGGUCAUCUCCUAGUAAACAACACCGGGUUCGCUUUGCUCUUCCAGAGAACUUGGACUUUAAUCAACGCCCUCCCCCUCCUAUCGCUUAUAAUGAUCGUCAUCUGCCUCCUUAUACAUCAUCUUCUGUCCCCGACGUUGAGCAAGGAGAUGCUAUAGAAUCAGACACAAACGGGAGCUCUUCCAGAUUUGAGCCGGAACUGUACGUUGAUCAACAUCCUCAGCAUUAUGGAUUCAACUCUUACUUUUCGAAUAAAGAUCAUUCACAGCCAUUUACUAGAAGGUUGCCUUCUACCAAACAGCUUCCUAUAGUAUCUGCUCAUCAUACGGAAAUGAAAACUCCCAGUUUUGAACCCCAGCAAGACACAACAAGCGAGGAGGACCAUGCAUCUGGACCUUUCUCAGCUUCCAAACAAUUCAAUCGUAUUUUACCCAUGCCUCCCGCACAGUUUUCUUGCUCUGGUCCUGCAAAUAGAUCCCACCUUCAUCGCUCAAAUUCAGAAAAGUCUUGUUAUGCCUGUGGUUUAUCCCUUCGUGCUGGUCGUAUCAUUACUGCCGCAAAUAAGAAAAUGCAUCCAACUUGCUUUAGAUGUGCUACUUGCUCUCAAAACUUAGAGCAUGUAGGUUUUUUUUUCCGCGAUGACAACUUUUAUUGCCAUUUGGAUUAUCAUGAGCAAUUCAGUCCCCGCUGUAAGUACUGUACGACACCUAUAGAAGAUCGAGCCAUUCAUAUUGGUAAUGACUGGUUUCAUGAGAAUCACCAUUUUUGUGCUGGUUGUUCAGAAAACUUUCGGGGAAACAGCCCUUGCAUAUUUCGCGAUGAUCUAUAUUGGUGUCAAGAUUGUUAUGAUAACAAGUAUGCCGUCAAGUGCAAGAAAUGCAGAAAGCCUAUCUUAGGAGUAAGUGUUAACGGGAUUGAUGGUGAAUAUCACCACGAUUGUUGGAAUUGCGGUGUUUGUAAUCGUUUACUUGGUGAUGAAGGUUAUUUUAUCAUUGAAGACACUCCGAUUUGCCGUUCGUGUAAAGCAAUAUCUGUCAAGUUCAAUUUACAAUGA